AGAUGAAUUUAUAUAAACAGGAGAACCACAUGAAUCAAUAAAAAGAAAGAUUGUAAACUUGCCUAUACUAGUAUCGGGUAGUGUCAAAUUUUAAAUUUUUGGCGUCGGCAACAAAAUGAAAAUUUUAAUUUUUUUCGUAGCGUUUAUUUGUCAAUUGGUGUGCGGAGCGAAAUAUCAAUAUCCGAAUUAUCUAAAAGCCUUUAUAUGUAAGAAAUCAGAUCCGGAUUACAAUAGAUGUUUAUUGGAAGAAUUCAAAAAAAUUACUCCUUAUUACGUAAAGGGUGUUCCAGAAUUAGGGGUGGAAUCGAUUGAUCCGUACGUCGUACCUUUUUAUUCGAUAAACGCAACUGUCAUGGGAUUGGGACAGUUCAAAGUUGACUUUAAAGAUGGGGUAGUCAAAGGAUUGGGAGAUAUAAUUUUCCAUAGUGUAAAAGCGGAUCUUGAAGCUAAUUCAAUAGAAAUUAGUGCCACUCUUCCUCGAUUAGAAAUCGAUACGAAGCUCAAUGUAGCUGGGAAGUUAUUCAGUAAUCCUAUCAACGUUCCGUUACAUUUCAACGGAAAUAUAACCGAUGUGCAGGUGCUAUUCAGAAGCAAUGCCGAAAAAGUGAAAAAAAAUGGCAAAGAGUUUUUCCAAAUUUCUAAAAUAGCUACGAAAGUAUCCAUAGGUGACGGUAACAUCAAAUUGGAUACACCGAAUAAGAAUGCCGAAGAAAUGGUGAAAUCCAUUGAAAGUGUUUUUAACGAAAAUCCUAGAGAUGCCUUUAACAUGAUGUCCCCAGUUGUAUUGGAAUACGCACAAGAUUUUAUGAAAAACAUUUUCAACCAAUGGAUAAGUACACUUUCCGUUUCCGAAUGGCUUCCUGAAUCAAAAUAGAACCACAAAAUCCAUAAUGAAACAUUGUUUGUGUAAUUUAAAAAUGUUAUAUGUUAUUAAUUACGAGUAAAUAAAUAAAAAUGAUGAUAUGAUAA